AUGUCGGGGUGCAAAUGUUUCCAUUGGAGCAGAAUCGGCGAUUUAUUUCAGCCUGGAUCGGAACCGUUCUCUCUGCCGGCGCCGCUUCCCGAAUGGCCCCAAGGUCGAGGAUUUGCGGACAGAACUAUAAAUUUAGGAGAAUUAGAGGUUUGCCAAAUCACAAAGUUUGAGUUUAUUUGGGCAUGCAAUGUGUCUGGAGACAGGAGAAAAGGAUUUAGCUUUUAUAAGCCAGUUGGCAUACCAGAUGGAUUUUUCAGCCUGGGUCACUACUGCCAGUCUAACGAAAAGCCAUUUCGAGGAUUUGUUCUUGCUGCCAGGGAAGUGCCUAAUUCUAAGCUAGUAAAUCCUUCAGUACCCAAUUCGUGUCAACUGCCAGCUUUACAGGAUCCUCUUGAUUUUACAUUAAUUUGGAGUUCAGAUGAUGGUAGUGAAGAAGACUUUUAUGAUUGUGGCUACUUCUGGUCUCUUCAACCACCUGAGGGUUAUAGAGCUGUGGGCUUUGUGGUUACCAGCAAGCCAGAGAAGCCUAUGUCUGAGGGAAUCAAAUGUGUCCGGGCAGACCUUACUGAUGAGUGUGAAGCUCAUCGGUUGUUAGUGAAAACUGCUUCAAGAUUUUCACAAAUCCCCCUUGAAGUAUGGAGCACAAGACCCAAUAACAGGGGAAUGCUUGGUAAAGGUGUCUCGACAGGCACCUUUUUCUGCAGCAGCAUAUGGAGCCGAGGUGAAGAACUGGAGAUUUCGUGCUUAAAGAAUCUAGAUUGCAAUCUAAAUGCAAUGCCAAAUAUUGACCAGAUUCAUGCUCUUAUAAGGCACUAUGGACCUAGAUUGUACUUACAUCCUGAAGAAGCUUAUUUUCCGUCGUCUGUCUCGUGGUUCUUUGAGAACGGAGCACUAUUGUACAAAAAGGGUGACUCAUUUGGUCAACCGGUUGAUGCCAGAGGUGACAAUUUGCCUGCUGGUGGUGCAAAUGAUGGAGAAUAUUGGAUCGAUCUACCAUCUGAUUCUCAAAGGGAGAGUUUAAAAUCUGGAAACCUGGAAAGUGCAAAGCUUUACGUGCAUGUGAAGCCAGCCUUGGGUGGAACUUUCACUGACAUUGCAAUGUGGGUAUUUUGUCCCUUCAAUGGGCCAGGAACUCUGAAACUAGGGCUAGUAAGCGUUGCAAUGACCAAGAUCGGUGAGCAUGUAGGUGACUGGGAACACUUCACCCUACGAAUAAGCAACUUCACGGGUGAACUAUGGAGUAUUUAUUUUUCGCAGCACAGUGGGGGAGUAUGGGUUGAUAUUUGCCAUUUAGAAUUCUUCGAGGGAAAUAAGGCUAUGGUUUAUUCUUCAAAACACGGUCACGCUAGCUUUCCUCAUCCAGGGAUUUUCAUUCAAGGGUCUUCAAGACUUGGGAUUGGUGUAAGAAAUGAUGCUGCUCGUAGUGAGUUUUAUGUGGAUUCAAGUAAGCAGUAUGAAAUCAUCGCAGCUGAGUAUCUUGGAGAUGGAGUUAUCUCCGAGCCCAGUUGGUUACAAUACAUGAGAGAGUGGGGUCCAACAAUCGUGUAUAACUCAAGAAACGAGCUGGAUAGACUGAUUAACCGGUUGCCAUUGAUGGUUCGCAAUUCAGUAGAGAAUGUUUUCGCCAAGCUCCCAAUGGAGUUGUCUGGGGAGGAAGGACCCACUGGCCCUAAGGAGAAAAAUAACUGGGUUGGGGACGAACGAUGGUAG